ACUCUGGACUAAAACUCUAAUUUGGACUUAGUUUAAAGCCUGCAGAGUGGAUUAAAUACUAGGUAAGGAGAGACAAGUUGGAGGAGUUAUGGAGCCUCCCAUAAGUCCAGGGCUGGACACAAUUAUUGUGUCCCAGUCUGAAGCUUCUGACAUGGCGGAUGGACAGAUUUUGACACACUCUUUGAUAGUGCAAUUGGAUGGAAGUGUUUUCACUGUGGAAAGGGAAUUGCUGGCUAUGAAUUCGGAGUACUUUCGUGCGCUUUUUCGUUCUGGGAUGAGGGAAAGCCAUCAAAACAAGCUCUAUUUGCAGGGAGGCCUAAGAGCAAGGGGUUUCCUCAUAGCUCUGGCUGUUGCAAGGGGUGAGCACCCAAGUAUCAGGGACCCUGAUGAGAUUGUGGAAGCUGUGGAGUGUGCUGCCUUCCUUCAAGUAGACACUUUGAUGCAGUAUCUUAUAGACAUCAUAGAUACAGACAACUGCUUCCUCCUGUACCACACAGCAGCCGUGUUUGGCCUGCUGAGAGUGUUUCACAGUGCAGCAGUAUUUAUCCGUGAUUCCUACCGGGAUCUGAAUGAAGCAGCACAGCUUCUGCCAGAGGAGAUGAUUCACUAUGUGGAGUCUGUCACACCUGCUUCUUUCAUUGCUGUGGGAACACAUUCACCCUCAAUGAAAAUGCUGCAGGACUCCUCCAGGACCGUGUGGUACCUAAAAGAGGAGCAAGGAGAGUGGAAGUACCUGACUGACCUUCCAGUAGAGGCCAGCACCUCCAUGGCAGGGAUAGCUGUGGUGGAGAACCGGCUAUAUGUGGUGGGAGGUGUGCGAGGGGUCAGCAUGGAGACGGUGGACUUCAGUUACUGUUACGACACAGAGAGCAACUCUUGGAGUGUGUUUGAUGGACCUCAGCAGCCUAGAUACAACUUCACACUUGUAGGUCAUGAGGGACACUUGUAUGCCUUUGGUGGUGAAUAUGAGAAGAGAAUAAUGUCUUCUGCAGAGGUGUGUGAUGUUUCAACGCGCAAGUGGACUUUUGUGAAAAAUGCCCCAUGUCCUGUGGCAGGAGCUGCAAGCACUGUGGCCCGAAGGAGGAUCUUUGUGUGUUUCUGGAAGCCGCCGAAUACUACAGAUAUCUAUGAAUAUAUACCAAACAAGGAUGACUGGAUCCUGACUACAACGAUGAUACAUUAUCAGAGUUAUGGCCACUGCAUGGUGGCACAUGGUGACAAACUGUAUGUGAUGAGAAAUGGUCCUUGUGAUGACUUCUUACGCUGCCUAAUGGACUGCUACAACAUUACCACAGGCCAGUGGACAUCCAUGCCAGGGCAUUAUAUCAACAGUCGUGGAGCCCUGUUUACGGCUAUGGUGAGAGGGGACUCGGUGUUCACAGUGAACCGCAAUCUGACACUGGAAUACCUGAUUUGUGGUGCUAACUGGAAACCACACAGACAGAUGCUGGGUUUUCCAAAAAGUGGAUCACUCUGGACAUGCAUGCUCAGACUUCCAGCGACUGAAAAUAAAGAGGAAGUAAAUACUGGAGCUGAACCACUGGAGACUGCUUCUGAUGAUCAAAACAAGGACGACAAUGUGUAACAUGUGUAACGUGGCACAAUGUAAGAUCCUUGUAAAGCAAAUAUUUGGUUUGCUAAUUUAUUGGUGUUGUAAUAUAUAUAUUGAGAAUACUGUGACUGCAACGGACAGGGCCACAACAUAUUCAAUAUUCAAGCCACUCUGGAUAUAUCAAGUGGACCUACAACAGGGAAACUGUUCAAGGUGUUC